CUUGGGGGCGACAAAGGUUGCUGGUUGCUUUCUAUAUGUUACUUAGGUUGUUUGGGCAGCGGUUGGGACGAAGGCUUCUUAGUAGGGUGGAUGUCUCGAGGGGGGGAGUGUUUAGAGAUUUUCACAAGAUCCUUGAGGAAGUAUGCCGCGGCUCAGUUGCUUUUUAAAACUAAAGAACUACACGCCUGCAUCAUCAUCACCUGUGGCCUUCUUUCCAAUCCUUACUCCCAGCUUUGCUCAAUUCUAGCCACAACCUAUGCGCAAUGCAAUCAUGCCUCAUAUGCGCACGAGCUGUUUGCUAAAUUGCCUCAUCGAAGCUUGUUCUUGUGGAAUGUCAUGAUCAGGAUGUAUUGCCAAAAUGGUCGCCCCUAUGAUGCACUGAAACUGUUUGUUGAUAUGCUUGCUUCAGGUCAGAGUCAACCUGACAACUUUACAUAUCCAUUUACCAUCAAGGCGUGUGGUGACUUGUCGUUGAUUGACGUGGUUAUUGUAGUUCAUGGGCGGACUUUGAAAACUAGCUUUGAUUUGGACAUGUUUGUCCAGAACAAUCUGAUGGCAAUGUAUAUGAAUUGUGGGGAGAAAGAAGCAGCACAACUGGUUUUUGACUCAAUGCAGGAACGAAAUGCAGUGUCUUGGAAUACCAUGAUUGACGGUUAUUUCCGAAAUUCCUGUGUAGACGAGGCUUCGAUGGUCUAUAACAAGAUGAAGGAUGGAGAUGUGGAGCCUGAUUGUGCAACAGUGGUUUCCGUAUUACCUGCUUGUGCUUAUUUGAAGAACAUGGAGCUGGAAAAGAGAGAUUCAUGCAUUAGUUCAAGAGAAGGGACUUUGGGGGAAUAUAGCUGUGAGGAAUGCUAUGUUGGACAUGUAUGUUAAGUGCGGUCGAAUGGAAGAAGCGUGGUCAUUAACGAAUAAGAUGGAUGAGAAGGAUGUAGUGACUUGGACGACUUUGAUCAAUGGUUAUGUUCUGAAUGGUGAUCCGAGAAGUGCUCUGAUGCUUUGUCACAGGAUGCAAUGUGAAGGAGUGAAACCCAAUUUAGUGAGUAUAGCUUCUCUUCUAUCAGCUUGUGCCAAUUUAGUUUCCAUGAACCCUGGCAAGUGUUUGCAUGCAUGGGCAUAAACUUGAGACUGAGGUUAUGGUGGAAACUGCCUUGAUUGAUAUGUAUGCAAAAUGCAAUCAUGUUGACCUCAGUUAUAAAAUAUUUAUGAAAACCUCGAAAAUGGUUCCCAUGGAAUGCACUUCUAUCUGGGUUCAUGCAUAAUAGGCUUGCAAGAGGAGCGGUAGAAUUCUUCAAACAAAUGUGACUGGAAGAAAUACAACCUAAUGAUGCAACCUUGAACAUUCUUCUUCCUGUGUAUGCUAUUCUAGCUGACCUCCUUCAGGCAAUGAACAUGCAUUGUUACCUUAUAAAAUCUGGAUUUCUUUAUAGGCUUGAAGUAUCAAGUAUUCUAGUUGAUAUAUACUCGAAGUGUGGAUCUUUGGGAUAUGCUCACCAGAUUUUGGGUACAAUCCCUCUAAGAGAUAAGGAUAUUGUUAUUUGGAGUGCAAUAAUUGCUGCUUAUGGAAAGCAUGGGCAUGGAGAAAUGGCCGUAUCACUUUUCAAUUAGAUGAUGCAAUCUGGGAUAAAACCAAAUCAAGUUGCAUUCACCUCUGUUCUGCAUGCUUGCAGCCAUACCGGGAUGGUUGAUGAGGGUUUGAGCAAUUUCAAGUUGAUGCUGGAACAACACCAGAUUAUCCCUAGUACUGAUCAUUAUAAUUGCAUCAUUGAUCUUCUUGGUCGUGCCGGUCGACUCAAGGAUGCCUAUGAUUUUAUUAAAACAAUACCUGAAACACCUAACCAUGCUGUAUGGGGUGCACUUCUCGGUGCUUGUGUGAUCCAUGAGAAUGUUGAACUGGGAGAGAUGGCAGCAAGGUCGCUUUUUGAGAUUGAGCUUGAAAAUACAGGAAAUUAUGUCUUGUGGGCAAAACUUUAUGCUGUUGUAGGAAGAUGGAGUGACGCAGAGAAGCUUAGACACAUGUUAAAUGAGGAAGGAUUAAGAAAAGCACCUGCUCUUAGUUUGAUUGAGGUCAGAAAUAUGUAAACUGAUGAGCAUGCUCUAUGUAGAUCUCACUGCCAGUUUGCAGUAUUCUUGGCUUCACGCACAAACCUUAAGAGUUCCUUCCGAUGCUGAGUAGCUUCGGAUAGCCCUAUCAAAUGCAUAACAGGUAUUUCCUUCAUAGAGCGAGAACUGAGAAGCACCAUCUAGCUGUUACCAUCAUACGUGGUCAUUAUGUGGUGGAAACUGUCUGAUCAUUUUGGUGAGACACUGCGUUCAUGCUGCUUUAGCAUGAACAGAUUUCUCUUUUUCUUUGCCCAUGCAUGCAGAGUACAAGGGCGUCAGUUUCUUAGGAUAUAUGUUUGUCACUUGAUUGAUACUAGGAUUCGCUCCAUCUCCAUCGUGAUUUCAGUUUUUGUGGAAUCAAUCAUAUAGAAUUCAAAAAUAAUCUCUAUUCAUGGGGACAGGAUUAUCCGUUCAUAAUUAAUUGUCUUCGAGUUUGAGGUAUCAUUGAUGAGGUUGCUCUUGGAUUUGAAGAGGUACGUGAACAUGCAUCAAGUGGUUGCCGAAGAGGGCAUGUUUUCGGAGUGAUGUAAACUCUCCGUCUCUUUGGACGAGUCCAUGAUAUUAUGAAUUGCCUGGACACAGCCGUGACUGUUAUGAGCACGGUCUUCUUAGAGGCUUGUGUGAUUGGUGAGGUAAUCCCUUGCCACAUGUAAUUAUUUAAUAGAAGUUACAAUUUUUCAUUCAAAGGUUGGGGGGGGGGGGGGAAUCUGCUUUUCAGUUUUUUAAGAUUAAACUUUCUCUCAUGUCUCCCUCUCUCCCCUGGAAGUUUCACACGAUCUUUUAUUUGUUUCUUUCAUUGUUAUAUACCUAGCACAUAGAUAGGAAACUAUGGACUAAAAACAAUAUUACUAAAUCGUACCAUGAUCAAAUGAGAUCAAGUAUAUAAAACAACUGCAUUUUUGCUUUAA